UCUUCUGAAAUCUGUCAAUAUGUCAAAAAGAGAAAACAAUAACUGCGACAUUAGAAUAAAAUCGGGAAGUACACGUAAAGCUUGUCAAAAAAUUUUCAAGAGAGUUCUAUUAAACAUACAAUAAUAUAAAUUUUUAAAAGUAUGCCUAUUGAUAAUAGAGAAUUAAUACAAGCUAUUUCCGUGAUUGCUGAUGAACGGAAUGUCCGAGUUGCUGUUAAGCAAUGUGGCAAAGGUGCUGCUAUAUGCGCAGCUAGUUCAUUUGUUGGCGGCAUGUUAUUAGGACCUCUUGGAUUGGCAAUUGGUGGAGCAGCCGGAGGCUUAGCUGCCUAUAAAACCACUCAAGGUUCUUUCCGUCCUCUUGGUGAGGUUUUGAUGAAUGAUCUUACGGACACUCAAAAAGAACGUUUAGUUAAUCAUGUUACGAAAGCUGUUGAACGAAUUCAUCCCUCGGAUUUGGUGAUGCUGUUGCCAUUAAUCUUGAACAACGCGGCAAUACAAGAAGCGGUAUUUAAUACCGUUUUCAGUUUUGUGAGAAAUGAACUCCGCUUAGAAAUUAUUGAUUGACAGAAAGUGUUGUAUCCAUAACAUUUUAUAUUGUUCAAAAUUUAAGCACAAUUACGCUACUAAUUAUAAGCAUAGGGAACUGUAAAUGGAAGCAAAUAAUUCUUUACUGUAUGUAUGUGUAUCAUUACACAAUUUCAGAACACAAUUUAAUAAUUUUUUAUCAUUUAUUUUUUACAUGAUUGAUAAGAAACAACUUUA